GGCGGAGCCACCGCCUGUUUACCGGCCGUGCCGGUGUCUCUCGCCGCGUGCAGCCGCACCACGUGACUGGCCGGGGGUUACGGCCACCCGCCAGGAGCGGCCUCGUCCCGUCCGUCCCGGGCGCUCCUGACGCGGCUCCCGGGCGCUCCCGCCCCGCCGGUGGCAAUGAGGGCUCUGCUCCCGCGCUGGGCGGCCCUGGCUGUGCAGGCGGCGGGCGGCGGUGGAUGCCGCCUGUCCCCCCGCCGCGGUCGCAGCGGCCCCGGUCCGCCCCCGCCGCGGGAGUGGGCGCUCUCGGUGAGUCCGCGGGGGCGGCUGCGGGUGCGGCUGCCGUGCCAGGUGAGCGUCCGCCCGCUGGACCCGCAGCGCUGCCCGGGCGCCGACCGGGUCCUGGUGGCCGUGAGCGGCGGUAGCCCCGGGCGGGAGCGGGACCCAGUGCGGGUGGAGCACGACGAGGCUCUGGGGCAGGUGGCGAUCGUGGCGGACGGCGUGGACAGCAAGGCCGCCGUGGACGUCCGGACGCCGGUGAAGUUCGAUUUGGAUAUCAAAACAUCAGGGACUGGCUGCGUGAAGAUUCAGAAAAUAGAAUGUGAUAACUGCAAAAUAGAAACAGAGAAGGGGACUAGUGUCUUGCAGUCAAUAAAGAGCCAUAAAAUUGAUAUACGGACAAAUGGUGGCAAAGUAAUUGGUCUUGGAACACUUCAUGGAAAUACAGAUAUUUGUGCAACAGAAAAAGGGAGUGUAAAUAUAGAGAAGCUGCAGGGGACAACCAUCAACAUAUCUACUGAGGAUGGGCUGCUGAAAACUAAAUAUCUCUAUGCAGAAUCAGCAUCUCUCUCUUCAGAAUCUGGUGAUAUUAUGUUGGGAAGUGUUCAUGGUAACACCAACCUUCAGACCAAAACAGGAAGUAUCACAGUAGAUUCAUCAGAUGGAAGUCUAAAAGCUUCUACAUAUCAUGGGACGAUAGAUGUUUAUGUCAGUCAAUUAAGAAAAGUGGAUCUGAAAUCCCAGAAAGGUUCAAUCACAGUCAAGGUACCUGCAUCUCUCAAAGCCUAUUUAGAGCUGUCUGGAAGAAAAGUGGAUGUGAGCUCAGAGAUCCAGUUAAAAGAAACACAGAGUGCCUCCAAAGACGAUCACGUAACUCUAAGUGGUCACAUGAAUCAAAGGAAUGAAACAGACAAAUGGAUUAAGGCUGACACACAAAAUGGUAAAGUGUGUCUUAAAAGCCAAAGCUGGAUCCAGUCUGUCAAGCUGAAGAGUUCUUAAAGGUGAAAUAGGCCAAAGAAGUUAAAUCAAGAAACUACAAAGGAAUAUUUCUGUAAAAUUAUGAAACUUUUUUGAUGUAUAUUCUUAAUAUAAAAGAGAAACAAUAUUAAAAAUAAGAGCAUUUUAACCUAA